GUGAGAUGGAGAUGGAGGCGGGGGAGCUAUUUCCAACUGCGGUGCCAGAAGAGCAGGUACAGGAAGGCUGGGAGAGGUCCUUGGAAAAGAUCUUCAGGCCUGGCCAGUGUCUGCGCAGCAUUGAGGGCCCCAGGGAGGCGAGCUACCUCCCUGUGAUUGUGCGGGACAGGAUGCAGGAGCACUGGCAGAAAGGGCUGGACUUUUCCUCCCGUGGCCAGUGGGAGGAAGCCGUCACCUGCUAUUCGAAAGCCAUCAACUUGGAUCCACAGAGGGGCCGAUGUCUGCUUGACCAGGAGCUCUACUGUGAGGCCCUGGAGGCCUUCACGAGGGCAGCUGAGCUGCAGCCUCACUGCAGGGUGUUUCGCCAGAGGAGUAUCGUGUGUCUUGCUGCCCUCAACAAGUUCCCGGAGUGCCUCCAGACAGUUAACAGAGAUCUGGAAGAAGAUGGAAGUAACCCUGAUCUAUAUGUGCUCCGCGCCUCGUUCUAUGCGCGCUUUGGGCAGCUGGCCCUGUGUCACCAGGACAUUCAGCGGGCCCUGGAGCUGGAGCCACGGCAUGGAGCUGCCCAAGCUCUGAAGCAGAGGCUGCUGAAACGAAGCCAGGAGGCCAAGGCCGAGGCAGUGACGAAGGCCCUGUGUGGGGACCUGCGAGGAGCCCUGCUCAAGAUCAGCUUUGCCAUCGAGAAUGACCCCUUGGCUGCUGACUUCUUCAUCGAGGUAGUGAGUGCGUUGCCCUGGCCCUGGCUGCAGCUGGUUGGCCCCACUGGCUUCUCAGCUCUGCUGGUUUUGUCCCCCUCUCACAGAGGGACCUUCCUCCGACGGCUCAAGAACUUCAGUGCGGCUUGUGAGGAUUUUGCCAGGGCGAGGGAGCUGGGUGCUGAGGGGGGCCCUGAGGCCCAGGAGGCUUGGCGGCAGCUGGUGCUCACCUACAACGACUGCGCCGUGCGCUGCUACGCCCUGGGCCUCUUCGAUGAGGCUGUGAGGCUCCUUGGCGAGGCUCUGCGGGACGAGAAGCGGGAGAAGGGUCUCUACGUCAACAGAGGAGACUGCUUCCUUCGCCUGGGGGAGCUGGCCUACGCGCUAGCGGAUUACCAGCAGGCGCUGGAGCUGAGCCCGGGGGACUGGGGCGUACGGAGACGGAUUGCAGUGGUGCUGCACGAGCAGGGCCAGCAGGACUUAGCGGCGAGGCGGUACCAGCAGGCAGAAGCUCGCUUUUCUGCGGCCAUCAAGUACGACCCGCACAAACCACUGUACUACCUGUGCCGGGCCAGGACCCGUGUGUGCCGCGGCAGAGUGGAGAGCGCGAAGGAGGAUGUUGCGCUAAGUCUGUGGCUCGACCCCACUGACAGCGAGGUCCUUUCCCUUGCACACUACCUCUUUCCAAGAAAGACUAUCCAGGCUGUGCUUAGGAGUGAGACUGGACGCCUCGCUAAAGAAACCUUGGAGAAAAAGCUUCUGUGCCCUGCAGAACCCCCAGUGCUGGCUGGUCUCACCCGGUGCAAGAGACGCAGUAGGCCACCGAUCACACUAGAGGGUGACCUGAAGGAAGCAGCAGAGCCAGAGGAGGCCAGAGGAGCCUGGCAGGACUGCGAGAACAGCAUCAGCCGCUGCACGUCAGAGUACGAGCUGUAUGAGGAGCUGGUCACCUGUGGAGGCAUAGCGACCCGGGAGACUGGCACAGGGCUGAAAUUGAACCUGCUGCAUUCUGCACUGGGCCAGAAACAGGCUCUGCUCAGUGCAUGA